AUGGGUCACAUUUUUUGUCCGAAUCAGAGCAGUGCUCCCGUCUUUCUUUCUUUCUUUCUUUCUUUCUUUCUUUCUUUCUUUCUUUCUUUCUUUCUUUCUUCUUUUCUUUUUUCCAGUCCUGAGAGUAAAUGGUUUUCUUUACUGAGAGAUCAAGUUUUAAUCUUUUUUGCUGUUAAUCCGCAUUUUUUCUUUUUUCGAUUUAUUUUUGCUUUCUAUCAAACUGCUUCUUUUUUGUUUCUUUGUUUCUUUCUUACUUGCUUUCAGUCUGUCAUUUUUGUUUGCGUUUUCUUUCUUUCUUUCUUUCUUUCUUUUUUUCUUUCUUUCUUUCUCAUUACAUUUCGCUCUAUCAUUCUCACUUAUUUUCUUUUUCUACCCUACUUUUUCACAUUAUUUCUUAUUUUUUCGCCAUCCUUCCUUCUUUCCUUCUUUUCAUUUAUUCUUUCUUUCUUUCGUAAUCUUUUUAUUUCUCUGUACACUGUUUCUUUCUUUCUUUUUUUUCUUUCUUUCUUUCUUUCUUUGUUUACUCAUUAUAUAUCUAUCUAUCUGAUAACUAUUGAGAUACAGCUUAGGAUCUCCGUUUGUUGCUAUCUAUCUAUCUAUCUAUCUAUCUAUCUAUCUAUCUAUCUAUCUAUCUAUCUAUCUAUCUAUCUCAGUGUGUUCAUUUUGAGAAAACUAUCUAUGAAGUUUGUUGAUAUAUAUUUAUCAAGGUCUGUUCCUAUUUGUAAUCUAUCUAUCUAUCUAUCUAUCUAUCUAUCUAUCUAUCUAUCUAUCUAUCUAUCUAUCUAUCUAAAGUGA